GAUUGGGGUACGUACUUUCCGCUUCCCGUGCGAAUUGCAGCUUACUGACUGAGACACGUGAAGGUCAGGAACUGCAAUGUCGGUGGAGUUACCCUACUUUAGCACAAUUUACGUUUAAAGAAAAAGGUCUUGGCGUGAGACCGCUCACGAGAAUGGAUGGCCAAGGAGCGACAGCAGAUCCUCAGCUUCAGCAGUUUAUUGAAGUGGAGUCACAGAAACAGCGAUUUCAGCAGCUAGUCCACCAGAUGACUGAAGUGUGUUGGGAAAAAUGCAUGGACAAACCAGGCCCAAAGCUGGACUCACGGACUGAGGCAUGCUUUGUGAACUGUGUAGAGCGUUUCAUAGACACAAGCCAGUUCAUCCUCAACAGGCUGGAACAGACCCAGAGGAGUCGAGGGUCCUCCUCUGAGACAAUGUACGAAUAGAACUGCCUCAACCACUGGACGGACUGACAGAUACAUAGCAAACAGUUGCAGACCACCAUUAAACUGGCAGGCAGAAUGGCAGGCAACUUGUGUACUGUGGCAUGUGAAGGACCGAAUAAUGGGAGAUAAUAAACACAAAGAUGUUACCAUUGAAGUGCCUCAGCAGUACUUCCUGUGCCAAUUCACUAAGACCUCUGGUCCCAGAUGCCAUCAUCUCCUCACACUGUAUGUCCUGUAAGUUGCAAUUUUGGUUUGUGGGAAAACCAUUCCUAUUGCUGUUUUUUUGGAAGGCUGAUGUAUUUGGUUGAAAGAGUCUGAUAGGAUUGUUCAUGGUGUACAGGAAGUCAGGUUAAUAUCCCUGGUUGUGUAAAAACGUCUGUGCCUUAAAGGUGUGGAGAACUGAGAGAAUCAGAAGCAUCAAGAGAAUCCAAACCAUCGGAGUGAACUUCAUGUCCAUAAGCUACUACACAGGGAUGUUUUACAGUGCACUACCUCAUAAUUAAGAACAGUAUUUUUUUUUCAGAAAAUGUUCAAAGGUUUAACAGCAUUCUCUUGGGAACACUGCAAGAUCCCUGACAAAAAAAUUAAUUUGUUUAGCUCCAUAUAAAUGUGUGAUGGAAAAUCCUUUUCUGGUUUCUCUUGACAUUUUCCUUGUUAAAUUGUAAUAUUUGUUGCUGUACACAUGCAGAUUAUUACCUGAACUGAAUUUACUUUGAAUAAUUAAAUUAUGGCAUCAACUAGUA